AUGGUAUCAAGUGUGUCAAAGAGUUUGAAGUUUAACCCACAAACUGACAAGUUGUUAACAGUUGCUGCAGGAUGUUUCUGGGGAACUGAACACAUAUACAGGAAGCAAUUCGGUGAUAGAAUCAUCGAUUACAAGGUAGGGUAUGCAAAUGGUGAUGAAUCUAAGAAGGAUUCUCAGAGCUCCGUCUCUUACAAGCGUAUAUGCAAAGGUGAUACCGGAUUUGCAGAAGUUCUGCAAGUUUCUUACAAUCCAAAAAUUGUCUCAUUGAAGGACUUAACUGACUUCUUCUUCAGAAUUCACGACCCAACAACGGCUAAUGCUCAAGGGCCUGAUGUUGGCACCCAAUACCGUAGUGCAUUGUAUGCCCAUACUCCAGAAGAUUUGAAAGAACUGCAAGCUUUGAAAGAACAAUGGCAACCUAAAUGGAACAACAAGAUCAAGACUGAGGUGGAAAUGAUCAAAACUUUUUAUGACGCAGAAGAGUACCAUCAAUUGUACCUGGACAAGAACCCAAUGGGUUACUCGUGUCCAACCCACUACAUCAGAGACAUUUAG